GGAGGGGGAGGGGGCCGGGCUGUUUUUCUGGAGAGUUGGAGCAGAAGUGAGACAAAGCCAGGCAGGCGGGCCAGGCGGGCGCCAUGGAGCUGCGGUCUCAAGUCUUGCUCUGGGAACUGUUGCUUCUGCAGAGCUCUGCUGUGCUUCUGUCCUCAGUGCCCUCAGGGCCCGCGCCAGCCGCCAGCUCCGUGGUGUCCGAGUCCACCGUGAGCUGGGCGGCCGGCGCCCUGGCGGUGCUGCGCUGCCAGAGCCCGAGAAUGGUGUGGACCCAGGACCGGCUGCACGACCGCCAGCGCGUGGUCCACUGGGACCUCAGCGGCGGCCCGGGCGGCGGCCCCGCCCGCCGGCUCGUAGACAUGUACUCCGCGGGCGAGCAGCGCGUGUACGAGCCGCGCGACCGCGGCCGCCUCCUGCUGCCGCUCUCCGCCUUCCACGACGGCAAUUUCUCGCUGCUCAUCCGCGCGGUGGAGGAGGCCGACGAGGGGCUGUACACCUGCAACCUGCACCACCAUUACUGCCACCUGUACGAGACCCUGGCCAUACGCCUCCAGGUCACGGACAACCCCCGGGCGGCCGGCGCGCACUGGGACGGCGAGAAGGAGGUGCUGGUGGUGGAGCGCGGCGCGCCCGCGCUGCUGACCUGCGUGAACCGGGCGCACGUGUGGACCGACCGGCACCUGGAGGAGGCGCAGCAGGUGGUGCACUGGGACCGGCAGCCGCCCGGGGUGCCGCACGACCGCGCCGACCGCCUGCUGGACCUGUACGCCUCGGGUGAGCGCCGCGCCUACGCGCCGCCCUUCCUGCGCGACCGCGUGGCGGUGGGGGCGGACGCCUUCGCGCGCGGCGACUUCUCGCUGCGCAUCGAGCCGUUGGAGCCCGCCGACGAGGGCACCUACUCCUGCCACCUGCACCACCACUACUGCGGCCUGCACGAGCGCCGCAUCUUCCACCUGACGGUCACCGAGCCGGUCGCUGAGCCGCCCCCGCGGGACUCGCCGGGCAACGGUUCCAGCCACAGCGGUGCCCCUGGCCCAGAUCCCACGCUGGUGCGCGGCCGCAGCGUCAUCAACGUCAUCGUCCCCGAGGGCCGGGCCCACUUCUUCCAGCAGCUGGGCUACGUGCUGGCCACGCUGCUCCUCUUCAUUCUGCUGUUCAUCGCCGUCAUCCUGGCCACCCGCCAGCGCCGCCGCGGAGGCUACGAAUACUCGGACAAGAAGUCAGGGAAGCCAAAGGGGAAGGAUGUGAACAUGGCAGAGUUUGCUGUGGCCACAGGAGACCAGGCUCUUUACAGGAGUGAGGAUAUCCAACUAGAUUACAAAAACAACAUCCUGAAGGAGAGGGCUGAGCUGGCCCACAGCCCACUGCCCGCCAAGUACAUUGACUUGGACAAAGAGUUCAGGAAGGAGUACUGCAAAUAAGGUGACCCUGGGCUCCUGGCUGGGCCAGCAGCCCUGCCGACUCCUGUCUUGGAGGAUGACCUCCUGACCCUCAUGUGGCUCACCCUACACCCUUCAGCGGCUGGUCCCGCUGUUCUGGAACUUGGCCUCGACUGGCACAGAGCAAGGCUGCCUCCGGACUCCUCUCCCAGGAGCUGUCCUAAUCCCCACAAGCAGCAGGGGGCUCUCUGGGACUCUGCUCCAUGCAGCAGCCCUCAGGUGCCUAUUGGCUCCCACACCCACUGGUGGUCCUGCCCCCCCCCCCCCCCCCGCCCCCAGGCACAGCCCAGACCCCACUGAUGUUCACCAACCCUUUGGGCUCUCCUGGCCUCUGGCGCUGUGGGCUGGGGCUCGGUGCUCAGAUCAGCCUCAGGACUAGCACCCCCACCCCUCCUUCACCCCUUUCUAGGGGGACCCUAAGGCUGGGAUCUGAGGAUUGCACACUCCAGGCCCCAGGCUAAUUCCCCUCUGCUCUGUGUUGGGGUACUUGGGGCUGCGCAGGGGCCCCUUCUCUGCCUUCCGCCCAAAUUGCCUUGACAGUCACUGGGCUCCGUGUGACUUUUGACCCUGACCCCACUCCCAUAGCCCCUCCCUGGGCUGGAGUCUGGGGCUGGGACCUCCUUCGGCCUGUUUUGGCUGAGGACAGGGGAAGGGUAAAGAUGGUUCUAGAGUGGCUUGUGUUGCCACUCCCAACACCCCACGUUUGCUCCUCCUAGGAAACUGCCAUCAUCACAAUAAAGACCACAUGAUUUUUAGACUC